AUGACGACCAUUUCCCAGUACCUCAACGAGCGGCUGAAGGACAAAAGUCCGACGCAGGUUGUUGUCAUCACGCUCACCGGUGCCAUCGCUGUGCGCGUCGCUGUGGACUGCUUCCGCGAUGGCCGCUUGACGACGCGCAGCUACCAGGCGGUGUGGCGCGGCGUCCGCAUUCUAGCAGCUCCCAUAAUCCGAAAGCAGGUCAAGAAGGUGGUGAGUUCUGUGAAGAUGCCGUCGACUGAAGGUGAGUUCAAAGCCCUCACCCUGCCGGAAAAGUCCCGCGCUGAGGCGGAGGUGCUGCAGCUGGUCACCCAGCUUCACCACGACCUUGACCUCAGCUACGAAAAGGGUUUCUUCAGUGGAGCCGUCUACCACGGUGGCGCAUCGCACACCGCCUUUAUAAACGACGUUAUGGCCAUCUUCCAGUGGAGCAACCCGUUGCACAGCGACAUCUUCGGCGCGACGCGCAAGAUGGAGGCGGAGAUUGUAUCCAUGGUGCUGCACAUGUACAAUGGCCAUUUACUUCCGGACGCCGGCGGCGUCGUGACGUCAGGAGGCACGGAGAGCAUCAUGAUGGCCCUUAAGACGUACCGCGACUGGGGACGCAAGACACGCGGGAUCGAGCACCCGUCCGUGGUGGCGCCCAUCACCAUUCACCCCGCCUUCGACAAGGGGGCAGAGUACUUUGGCAUUGAUCUCAUCAAGGUACCGGUGCUGGCGACCACCGGCCGCGUGGAUCCCAAGGAGAUGGAGAAGUACAUCCGGUACGACACGAUCGCUGUCGCUGCGUCGGCGCCAAACUUUCCGCAUGGUGUCGUCGACCCCAUCGAGGAGAUUGCAGAGAUGGCCUACAAGCACAACAUCGGCAUGCACGUCGACUGCUGCCUGGGCGGCUUCAUCAUGCCCUUCCUCGAGAGGACUGGACGUGCGGCGCCGGUCGUGGACUUCCGCAAUCGCGGCGUCACGUCGAUCUCCUGCGACACGCACAAGUACGGCUACGCGCCUAAAGGGACGUCGACGGUGAUGUACCGGUCGAAGGAGCUGCGCAGCUUCCAGUUCUGCUGUGUUGCGGAAUGGCCAGGCGGCAUGUACUGCUCGCCUGCUGUGAGUGGGUCAAAGCCAGGAAACGUGAUUGCCGGCACGUGGGCGGCGAUGGUGCGUAUGGGUAUGGAGGGCUACGUCGAUUGUUGCAACAAAAUCGUCACGACGCGCGAGACGAUGACGAAUGAGUUGAGCAAGCUGCCCUACAUAAGCAUUAUUGGUGAGCCAACCGCGAGCGUCUUCGCCUUUACAAGCAAUGUGAUCGACAUAUUCCGCCUCGGUGAAGAUCUCAAGUUACGCGAGUGGGUGCUGAACACCCUCCAGUUCCCACCGGGUUUGCAGUUUAGUGUGACACUGCUGCAGACGCCACCGGCAGUCACGGCACGCUUCCUGAGCGAUGUGAAGGAGAUAGGUGCCACCCUCUUUGCCGAGAGCGAGAAGCUCAUCGCCGAUGGAAAGAAACCCGUACUCGCUGAGUCGAGCGGCACGCUCUACGGCACGGCGCAGCGCGUUCCCGAUCGGACGAUCGUCAAGGAUGUGCUUCGCGAGUUCCUCAACACCUACUACAAAGCUUGA